GAUUCACUGAGCUGAGCUCAAUCACCGAGCAUUGUCUGCAAACACAACACUACACGUUUUACAACGUUUACCAUCACUUUAUCUUGAUUAGUUUCCUAUUCACCAACCAUGGACACAUCAGCUGUUGAUGACUUUGAUCGAUUGUCCACCCUUGAUCAGAUUAACUCUUUGAACUCCAUCCACCCAUUUUUACCUCACAUUUCCAAUCUUAUUAAUAAACUAUACACUCCCAACUCCUUGUCUAAUUUCGAUCUAAUCAAUUGUCAAAAGAAAUUGCAACUCUUCCAGAAAUCGCUUUUUUCUCUUACCAUUGCAAACUACUUAUUGGAUAUUCCCAAUGACUUGAACUCAAACUUCUUUGGCGCUUUAACCUUCACCGUUUAUUUAAACCAUCUCUUUUCAAAUCAAUUUGACAUUGCCAAAAAUAACAAAAUCAUCAUAAACAUCCCAGAAACUGAUAACGAUGACGAUGAGGAUAUAGAUAAUAACUCAAUAGAUUACAAUCUACUAAACCAAAUCACUUCUCAACUCCUAAACCAUCUCAUCAGAUUGAUUAAUAACAACCUACUCAAAAAUACAAACAACAACUUUAUAAUCAAAAAAAUUUACUCAAAUUUAUCUUUAAUCUAUAUAAACUCGACCAAUAUCAACAUCAAAAAUAGUGAUUCUUUAUUCUGGAAAAACCCCAUUCUAUCUCUACUCUUGUUAUUAUCUUCAAACAAAAUCAAUCUAAACAUCAAUGAUAACAAUCUAAUCCCAAAUUUUCUAAAUACAAUAAGCACAAACACAAACACAGACGAUAGCUAUAACUACGAUUAUCUAUACCAUCUAUUGAACUUUUCAAACAUCCUAAUAGAAGAUAUAUCCAAAUUCAAUGUCUCCAUUUAUUCUUACGACUUCAACUCCCACAUCUAUAACAACUUUUUUCAAUCAAAUAUUUAUCUUCUAUCUUUCAUUUUCAACAACAAUAUUAAAAAUAUCAACAACAACAACAACAACAACAACAAUAACAACAUCAAUAAUUACCAAAUUAUCAAUAAAAUAAUUACAGAAUCUGUAACAACUUUUCAAUCUUGGUUAAAUUACAUUUCUUUACUCAAAUCAUCUUCUCUUCAAUUAUACAAACAACACAAUAAAACUAUCAACGCUGACACCAAUUCUAUCAUUGACUUGCUAAUCCUUCUAUUAUCAUUUCUAUCUAAUUUUAACACUUUUCCCUUAAUCAAUAAAAACUUGGAAACAAUUCAAUUGAUUAUCCAACUUUACACAAAUUUAUUUGAAGUCAACAAUUUUAUAGUAUCAAAUAAAUCUUCUUUCAACGAUCACUUUUUUCUGCUUUUAUUUCAUCAAAAUCAAUGGGGCUCAAUAUACAUCAAUUAUCUUUUGAGAAAUUCUUUAAAUCAAAAAAUUACUGCCGACUCUACCGCCAACUCUACUACCACUAAUAUAAACAACAACAACAACAACAACUUUACCGAUGAUAAUGACCUUGAUUCCGAAUUUGAUGAUGAUAAUGAUGAAGAUCACUUACUACUAGUAUCCUCAUUCGCAAAUUUAAUCAUCAGCUAUUUGGAAAUCGAUAUAAUCAAAUUUGCUUCUUUAUUACUUCAAGACUCAAAUGACUACAUUUUCCAAUUUCUAAUCAACUUAACCGAUUUAAAUGGCGUCCCAAUAAUAAAUGAAUUGAUCUCAAGAGACUUUAUAGAAUUUUGGUCGAAUUUAUCUGAAGUUCUAAUUGAUAACUCAGAUCUUCUAUUGACUCUACUAAACAACAAUGCUGAUGAUUUGAUUAAAAUCAAAAAAAAAUUAGUCCUACUCUUAUCAAAUAUAUCUCAAAUUUAUUGGAACAAAAUUUUAUUGCCCCUAAAUGACAGUAAUCUUUUACUGAAAAUUAUCAACUACAACAAAGACGAAUUUGAUUCCUAUAGAAAUGAUGUUGCGGAUUUUUUUGAAACAAUUUAUCCCCUAAUUGGCGCUCCUCUUUAUAAGAAUUUAAUUAAUAAUAUAUUAACCAAUAUUGACGACACAAAGACUUCGUCAAUUCAAAAUAUUAUGCAACUUGAAGCUUCAUUAUACUUGCUAAUAUCAAUCAAUACCUCAUUCUCAGAAGAUAAUUUCAAUUUGGAACUUUUAAAUCUAAUUUCCUCAAUUUUUAAUACAAAUUUCCUAGAUUUGGUCUUGGGCUCAAAUAAUUAUUAUCUAAUCUCAACCACUGUCCGCUUUUUGAGCUCCAUAGAAAUUUUUUAUAAACACAACAUUGGUUUAGAUUAUCUUGAGUCUAUUUUAUAUUUUUUAUUCAGAUGUUUAUCCUUAAAUGCAAAUACAAUAUCUUUGUCUGACUCAAACGAAAAUUCAAACCACUUAUCCAAAUCAGAUCUAGUUUUAAAUUGGUCAAACUCUUUGCAAUUUAGUGUUUCAAAAUCAAUUUCAAGAAUUUGUGAUGAAUGUAGAUACUCAUUAACUAAAUUUUUGCCCAAAUUUGAUAAAAUUCUAUUCAUCGUUAUAAACAACUUGGAUAUUCAUAAUUUUAUCAGAGAAAAAAUUAUAAAUUCAAUUAGCUCUAUCAUUCAAAGCAUUAAUGAUCCACAAUUGCAAUGUAAUCAUCUAUUAAAUUUAAUUGACUCAAUUCAUUUAAAAUCCACUAAUAUUCUCAAUUCAGUUGAAAAUGGUACCUUGAUUCUUGAUGAACAAAUUAUGAAUUACCUUGUUUCUUUGUUAAAAUGUGUUCUAGAAAUUGGGAAAGGAAUGCAAUUUCCCGAUGAGAUUGAAGACUCAUUUUUCAGUGCCCAAGAAGAAUUAAAGUAUACAGAAUAUUGGUCAAACGAUUCCUUGGUUAUUAAAUCAAAAAUUUUAGAUAUCAUUUCCAAUUAUUCAGUAAACCCAAAACACCAGAUGAUUUUCCUUAACUACAACAAUCCAAAUAACAGUGAAAAAACCAAUAGCUUUAAUGAUGUGAUAGAUAAUUGUUGUUCAAUUUUUAGAGCUGGAUUGCCGGAAAAACUCCCUGGGCCCUUUGUAUUUGAUGACAAUAUUUUAUUGGAGUUUGUUGUUGCCCAGUUUGAUAAUAUUGUACAAUUUAUUACAAAGGAUCGCAGACUUUCUAUCUCAUUGAUAUAUUUGUUUGAUUUAUUAAGAAGUGUUUUGAAUACAAAUUAUAAAAGGUUAUCAGUGGACCAGGUAAACUUAACCUUGAAUAAAAUAUUUUUCAAUUAUAUUGACACUCUCAUCAAGUCUGACAUAGAUUUUGUGGAAUCAAGCUUACAAAUGAUACUUGUAAUCAUUGAGAAAAAACCAAGUUUAUUAAUCAAUCCAGAUAAUAUAAGUAAUUUUAACUUGCUUUUGAACUUCAAUUUGAACAACUUGAUGAGAAAUGAAAAACAGACAUUGAAAUUUACCUCGAAAUUUUGGAUCUUGUUAAUUCAAUUGAAAAACGGCGAUAGAGAGUGUCAUGACUAUGUUAAAAAGUUGUUUAUUGAAAACAAGGUGGGGAAUCAGCUUAUGUUGGUUACAUUGCAAAAUAUGAUCAAAUCAGAUCGUUCAAAUAUUCCAGUUUACGGAGAAAUCAUCAGGGCAUUAUUUGGAAAGUUCCAAUUAUAUUUCAAAACCUGGAUUACCUCUUCCUUUGAAGCUAUCAACCAAGAAGCUCAAUUUCAUAACAGCAGCGAGAUCAACCAAGCAAAUAGCGAUCUUAAAAUAAUAUAUAAUACACAAACAGUCAACUUACUAAUUCAAAAAUUACUUGUGUGCAAAGGAAGUAAAAAAGUGAUUACAGUUUUGAAAGAAUUUUGGUUGUCAUCAAAUAAUUUAUAUGACUAUUAAGUAUCAACUAGUUGCUACAUUUUUGUUGAUUGUUUUCAAACAAAUUUUU